UACAGCAAUUGAUCCUGACACGCCAGCAUGGGCUCGGAAUAGGAGCUCGAGGUGUCGCUGCGGGAUCCGUGUGCGCGUAGCGGGCCAGCGCUGCACAACCGUCACUGUGGCGCUAGGCGAUGGUGGGCAUUAGCGCCUCGUGGACGCGUUCUCGCUCCCGCAGCGCGCAUCCUCGCGUGCUGGCAUCGCCCUCGUGCAAGCUCCCGCAACACUCGAGACCAAUUGCUUGCCCGUCCCGCUCCACCUGCACCUUGCCCUCCCUAUCGUUUGGGCGCCUGCCGAGCAAUGAGCUGCCACUAGCUGCGAGUGCUUCGAUAGCCCACCGGACGCGUCUUGCAGCGCGCCCGCACUCCUUGUCCGCCAUGUACCUCCCCCGGAGCCUGAUCGCCCAGCUGUACCAGAACCUCACCAAACGAAACCAUGCCGCCGCUCCUCCCGUACUGUUGCUCGUCGCCCUCGAACCCGACGCGCUGUGCGCGUGCCGCAUCCUCACCGCGUUGCUGCGACGCGAUUAUGUUCCGCACAAGAUCCAGCCCAUCGCGGGCUACGGUGACUUGAGCCGCGCCGCCGAUGGCCUGAUCAGGCCCAUGCGCACUACACACGGAGGCAGCGGGGGUGUUGUCGUGUGCUUGGGCGUGGGCGGCAUGGUGGAUCUCGAAGAGAUAUUCGGCAUGGAGGUCGACGAGGCCGGGAACGGGGGCACAGGCGGCGUGGAGGUAUGGCUCAUGGAUGCAAGGCGCCCGUGGAAUCUGUCCAACGUGUUCGGUACGCCCGUUGCCCAGGACCCAGCUACGGGAGACUGGGUGAGGAAAAGAGCAGGUGUGGAGAAGGCAAGGCUACAGAAAAAUUACAACUCCUCCAAAGGCGGCAUCAUAGUCUUCGAUGACGGCGACAUCGAAGAGGAGCUGGAGAGCGAGCGCCAGGCCUACUGUGCGCUCGAAGAAAUGCCCGAGCUGGGCGAAGAAGCAGAAUCAGACGACGAGGGUGAGCAAGGACACGAACAUGAUCAAGAGCACAAUGCAGAGGCCGACGAGCCUCCCUCGGGGCAGGCUCCUAAGAAAAGAAAGUCAUGGAGCGGGGCCGAGGACUCGGACGAGGACAUGUCUGACGACGAACGCCCAGCCCAGCGGCGGAGAAGUAAUUCGGGUGCAUCGAUACCCUCAACCCCCGAACGAAGACCACCACGACGCGGCCUCAUGAUCUUGGGCGGCUCAUCAGACUUCUCGCGCUCCGAUUCGCGAAGUAGAUCAACAUCGCCUGCGGUCGCGGCACCAAAGGAGCAGUCGAUCAAAGGCCUCCGAAGGCAGCUCAUGGCCAUGCGCGAAAAACAUGACAAGACCCUCCAAAAGUACUACGAUCAAGGAGCCUCAUAUUCCGAGCCCGUCUCGUCCCUCGUCUACUCGUUGGCAUCGGAGCUCGGUAGAGAAGAUAACGACCUUCUCUGGAACGCCAUCGUUGGAGUCAGCAGCCUCGAGCUCUACGGUCGAACAGGCAGUGGGGUAGGCCUCAACCCUCUCUCGGCGGCUGGUGGCUCAGCAGGCUGGAACGGUGAUCGAGGAGAACGCAUACGCUCCGUGCUGCGUGACGAAGUCCGUCGUCUGAAUCCUGUCGAUAUCAAAGACUUGGCUCGUGAGGCCACGAUGGGUGAUUCAACAGGUGUCAUUCCCACCAGUGCCCGCUCCGCGACAGACAAGUCGAUAAGACUAUCACCCGAACCGCGUUUCCUGCUCCUACGGCACUGGAGCUUAUACGAGAGCAUGCAACACUCGCCAUAUCUCUCCGCUAGACUGCACCUCUGGAACGAAUCUGGAAAACGCCGGUUGGACAAAUUGCUUGCUAAGAUGGGCCUGAGUCUCGCACAAUCCAAGCAAUAUUACACUCACAUGGACAUGGACUUGAAGAAAGGCCUGCGCGAACGUCUUCUAAGAUUUGCUCCCAUGUACGGACUUGACGGUCUAGUUCCGCCAGCACCUCGAGGCGGCGACUCCAAAGACGGAUGGGGCUUCGUUCGCUGCUGGGGUUGGAAAGCUUGUCUCUCUGCCAUUGAUACCGGCGUGAUCCUUGGUGCCAUUCUAGAAGUAGGCGAUGCAAAGUCGCUCUCUGCUUCCUCCUUAGACUCUUUCAAUUUUGUCGGUACCCAAGACCACUCUGAGCAGGCUCUCGAUUCCUCAACCGAAGCACAGGACCGCAUUACAGCCCGCUUUUACACCGCUUACGACGCCCUCGCUGACAUAGACACCCUCACUGCACACAUCUCGACUGCGCAACAUUUGCAUAAAGCCAUUCUUCGCACAGGCACAGCACUGAUUGAGAAGAAACAGAUACGGCACUUGAAAGCGUUUCGCAUGGCUGUCGUGAAAGAAGGUCCAGAUGUGCAACUUUUCACUCAUUCGGGUGCCCUGACAAAACUGGCGCUAUGGGUUGCAGAAGCAAUUGUCGAGCAGAACGGAACCAAGGGCCGGAACAGAGGUAGCGAGCUGGUCAUGGCUGGUCUGGACGAAAGACAGGGUCGGUACGUCGUGGUCGGCCUCGGCGGAGGUGGCGCUACCGAAUCGGCAAAGGAACGCAUUGCGAAGCGCGAGAAGAAGAACAGGGAGCGUGAACAGAAGAAGGCCGCAAAAAAUGCAGAAAGGGAACGUAAGCGGCAAGCCAGAAUCGCGCGCCUUGAAGCCGCAGGCCUAGAAGAAGACGAGGUUGAGGACUCGGAAGAGGAGGAAUCGGAAGACGAUGACGAAAGCGAAGACGAAGAAGACGUCAGCAAAAGUGGACGCAACAGAUUCGGCAAUGCUUUCCAGGAAGUCGUUAGGGAGACUGGUGCGAGGGUCCGCAUGGAUAGUUUUGAGGCGUGCGUCAUUGAGAUAAAGAAGGAGGACCUGAGCGGAUUCUUGGAGCGGCUGAGUAUGAAAGCUGUGGUUGGCUAAGCAAUUUUCAGAUAUCCAUGACAUGAGACAUGGUACAUAGGGCAGCAGGGUCAUGAUCAUUACUAUGUUGGCGGCAUGAAUGGCGUUGUGGUUUUCUGCUUCAUGUACGCGUGCAGCGAACGGGGUGGUCUCCGUGGUAGAGUAGCAUGACCAAGCAUUUGUAGCGCAAUUC